GAGUAGGGCGCUCCGAUUGGUCGGCGUUUUCUAGCACGGCUAAUGGCGCCGUGUCGAUCGUCCACAUCUGUCUGGUCUGCUCUUCUGCUCGCACGAGAAGCACGAAAAAUGGCCUGCUCCGUUGUACGGUCGCCUGUCCUUCGUAAUCCUACGGUGAGGCACUAUGCAGCAGCCGUAGCAGCACAGCGUUCUUGCGCAGCAGCUCCCGAGACUCAAGUACUGUCAAAUAAGAUAGCUGUUGCUACAGUUGACAAUAAUAAUCCUGUUACUCAAGUUUCAAUUGUUUUCAGAGCUGGUUCACGCAAUGAAACUUACGACACUCAAGGCCUGGUGCACCACCUUCGUAUUGCCACUGGUCUCGGUACCUGCAACUCGUCUAGUUUUGGCAUAAUAAGCACCAUCCAGCAGCUCGGUGGUACCAUCACCACUACUACCGACCGUGAGAGCAUCGCUUACACGUUACAGGUUACAAGGAAUCAUUUAGACAAGGCUCUGCCUGUCCUGGAACAAGUUGCCACGCAGCAGCUGUUCAAGCCAUGGGAGGUGUCCGAUCAGAUACCCAGGUUACGUUACGAAUUGUCCACGAUACCCGAGACAACUCGUCUCAUGGAACUGUUACACAAAGCAGCCUACCAGGACGGACUGGGCUACUCCCUGUAUUGUCCGAAGAGGCAACUCGGAAAGCUCAACAUGGAGAGUUUGCAGCACUUUGUUAACAACUGGUUCACCGGCUCGAGAUGCGCGGUCGUGGCGACUGGUGUACCGCUCUCGGACCUGUCCAGCUUCGCUGCGAGCUUGAAAGUAGGCACGGAGGAUAAAGCUGCGCAGGCCGCCAAGUAUCACGGGGGUGAGAUGCGCAAGGAGCGCACCUCCGAAUUGUCCAGCGUGGCGGUGGCUGUUGAAGCUAUAGGUUUCAAUGACAGGAAGAAUGCUCUCGUUUGCGCCAUACUGCAGCGAGCGGUUGGAUCCGGUCCCCGCGUGAAGUGGGGCGCCGGCGUGUCCCCGCUGCACAAGGCGGUCUCCAGCGCUGGGAGUGCCGAUCAGUUCGCCAUCUCGGCGUACAAUGCCGUUUACAGUGACUCCAGUCUGUACGGCUUCGUUCUGUCCACGGUGCCCAGUCUCGCCGGUUCCCUAACGAAAGCUGCUACCGCAUACCUGAGAUCGCCGCAGCUUUCGGAUGCCGACGUCGCUCGCGGUAAGGCCCUGCUGAAGGCGGAGAUAGCGUUCGUCGCGGACAACGACGCCGCGACUCUGGAGAACAUGGGGGUGCAGUUGCUCUUCAUGGGCAAAAUGUACAACACGCCCAAAUUUAUUGAGGAAGUGGACAAAAUAACUGCGUCAGAGGUCAAAUCGGUGGCUGCGAAAAUCGGUGGCGGAAAGCUGUCGAUGGCCGCGAUCGGCGAUUUAGCCACCGUCCCGUACAUCGAGGAACUGAAAUAAUGCGAUAUUUCUGGGUAGUAUCCUUCACCAAACCAUCAGUCUUCGAGCUUUUUGUCCGAGAUUUAGAGAUUUGUCAGCAUUUUACCAGUGUAAAAUCUACUUGCAAUACAAUAAAAAAAUAACGUCGCUGUAGCUUGCACAA